AUGGGUUGUGCACCAUCUGCCAUAUAAUAUGAAAAGGUUGAAUUCCUUAAAGAUGAUCUAAUAUUAUCAGAUGAUUUAGAAUUGAGCGAUGAAACUUGUGCAAAUUUGAUAAAUGACAGUAUUAGAGUCAACGAAAGUAUUUUGAAUAGGAAAACCUUAUACAAAGAAGAAAUUGAAGAUUUUUAAAUAAUGUAAGAGUAACAACUUAACUAAAAACCCUUCAUAAUAAAAUCAUGUUUUAAAAGAAAUAAUAAAACGUAAUAAAUUAUGUAAAAAGAGAAGAAAGUAAGAUUUUGUAAGUCUUAUUAAAUUAAUAUAAAUGGAUUAAAAUUUAUUGUCAAAAAAAAAGAAGCAAAGAAGAAAUAAAAAAGAAUAUACAAUAAAAUAAUUUGA